GGGCCGAGCGAGUUCCUGCCGGGGAUUUGGCUUUUCAGGAGCUGAUUCCCCCCGUGGCUUUGUCGGCACGAGGCGACCGCGCGGAGUGUCAAGGGCUCCACCGGGCCCCAAGGCGCUGCCCCAGCACCACCGUAGUAGCCAAACCAUCGGUGCUCGGCAUGGCCUGCAUGAAGGUCCUGCUGGACCUCAUGUUGCGCACGGGGUACAGCAUCGUCCAGGAGAGCAGACAGAGGAAGUUCGGACCGCCGCCCGACUGGCAGGGGCCCCCUCCCGCCCAUGGCUGCGAGGUGUUUCUGGGGGGGAUCCCGCGCGACCUCUACGAGGAUGAGCUGGUGCCCGUGCUGGAGAUGGUGGGGAAGCUCUACCAGCUCCGCCUCAUGAUGGAUUAUAGCGGAGAGACCCGCGGCUAUGCGUUCGCUACCUACGCGACGCUCGCCCAAGCCACGGAUGCCGUCAAGAAACUCAACAAAUUCGAGAUCCGUCCCGGACGCCGCAUUGGAGUCCACUUCAGCGUGGACAAUCGCCACCUCUUCAUUGGGGCGCUGCCAAAGGACAAGAAGCGAGCGGAGGUGAUGAUGGCGAUGAGCGGUGCCACGGAGGGCGUGGUGGACGUCACGAUGAGCGUCUGUUACCGGGACAAAACCCUCAACCGAGGCUACGCGUUCAUCGAGUACCGGAGCCAUCAUGCGGCCGCCAUGGCCCGGCGGAAGCUCCUUCGAAUCAACUUGCAGCUAUGGGGCCGGACCAUCAAGGUGGACUGGGCGUGGCCAGAGUUUCGCCGGGUCGGCGGCGACGAGUCGCACGCGACGCUCCCCGCCUUCUCGAGCCGCUCGCGGCAUCCGUGCGACACCGGCGAGCGCCGCUACGAGGCGGCGAUAGGCAAAGUUCCCUUUCGUCUUCGUCCCUCCGACUCUCACGGCGUCCGCGCGACGCCGUGA